AUGAGCCCCGGUUGCCCCCACACACACACCCACAAUUCCUGCGCUCCCCCCACCCAGGAGACCCUGUAUGACCCGAAGUUUUUGAAGAGCUGGACGAUCCACGUAGCAGUGGAGGAGGUGAGCCACCAGGGGCUGGAGAACCAGGCCCAGGGCUACUUCCAGGGGGUUCCAGUCCUGUGGGGAGCACAGCGAGAGGAGGGCAGGAGCUGCAGGGUCCACAAGGGCGCAGUUCCAGCCGAACCGGGCAGACGCCCUGCCAACCAGGUACGUGGAGGUGAAGCUCCGUCCGCUUUCCACGGCGCAAACGUGGAUUUGGGGAGCGGGACGGUGGGUUCGGAGCGUGGCGGGGCGUGGGAGCUAGCCAACACGAGGGGACACAGCCAACUCACUAACUGGGCGUCUCCGGGGAAGUUCGGGCGGGGUUUGUCGGCUCUCGGCUUUCUUCCUCUAAAAUCCAUCCUGGGCAGAGCAACCCCACUCCUCACCCAAACUCGUGGAGAUAGGGGAUUAGGCGGGCGCGGGGUCCGGAGAGGCGGAUCCGGGAAGCGCCCGGCCCAGGCAGCGAGGCCCCUCCAGCGUUGGUCCGCGACCCAGGGCGCCGGCCCAACCGCUCGGCUGGGGCCGGUCCCGCGGGGCGGGGGCCGAUUUUACGAAGACGGCUGCGGGGGCUCCGGGACUCCAACCCAGCCGGGUCAGACCUCCCCUCGCGUCGCGGUGCGUCCGUCGGCGCCGCCCGUCAGCCCGCCCUCAGCCUCCCGGCGAGGCGGCGGCCUCCUUCGCCGGCGCGGGGUCCCCUGGUUAACCCCUGCCCGGCAGGCCGGCCGCUGA